AUGGAAGCCCUAAGGGGCUGGGAGGAAGAGGAGGGGGAUGGGGGGAUGAAGAAGUGCACCCAGGUCUCCUGGGCCCUGCUGGUGGGGAAGUCCCAGAGAUUUCUGGGGAUCCAGUUCAUUAUAGAAAUCCCUGCAAGCUUGACCGGCAAAGAAGCUCUGACCCACUUCCCAUCCCUGGGCCCCUCCUCCAGCGCUGCCCAGGGGAAGGUCCAUGUGAAGCAGUGUGACCUGCUGAAGCUCUCCCGAAAGCAGAAGAGGCUUUGCCGUCGGGAGCCGGGCUUGGCAGAGACCCUGCGGGAUGCUGUCCGCCUGGGGGUGGUGGAGUGCCAGUACCAGUUCCGCAGCGAGCGCUGGAACUGCAGCCUGGAGGGCCGGACCAGCCUGCUGAAGAGAGGGUUUAAGGAAACUGCCUUCCUCUAUGCUGUGUCCUCUGCAGCCCUCACCCACUCCCUGGCCCGAGCCUGCAGCGCGGGGCGCAUGGAGCGCUGCACCUGCGAUGAUUCCCCAGACCUGGAAAACCGACAGGCCUGGCAGUGGGGAGUCUGUGGAGACAACCUCAAGUACAGCACCAAGUUCCUCAAGAAAUUCCUGGGGCAGAAGAGGAUUGGCAAGGACCUGCGGGCCAAGGUGGACAUCCACAACACCAACGUUGGCAUCAAGGCUGUGAAAAACGGUCUCAAAACCACCUGCAAGUGCCACGGUGUCUCUGGCUCCUGCGCUGUCCGGACGUGCUGGAAGCAGCUUUCCCCUUUCCACGAGAUCGGGCGGGUGCUGAAGCUGCGUAACGAUGAUGCUGUCAAGGUUUUCAGCAGCAGCAACGACGCCGUGGGGCACUCGGAGCUCUCUGCCCCGCAGAGCCCACAGCCAUUCCCCCCGGCACCCCCUGCCCCUCGCUCCACCGACCUGGUCUACGUGGAAGUCCCCAGUUUCUGCCGUCCCAGCAAAUAUUCCCUGGGAACUGCCGGCAGGAUCUGCUCGAGAGGGCACUGUGACAGCAUGUGCUGUGGCCGGGGGUACAACACCCAGAGCAGGAUGGUGACCUUCUCCUGCCAUUGCCAGGUGCAGUGGUGCUGCUACGUGGAGUGCCAGCAGUGCCUGCAGGAAGAGGUGGUCUACAGCUGCAAGCAGUAA